AUGGACCCCUUCACUCCAGACGACGCUGGGCCACUCCCCGCCUACGACCUCGCCGCCCUCUUUGGCCUACAGGGCCCGCUGCGCCUCGUCCCCCAGGGCGUCGCUCCCAAGGCCCACAUCCUCCUCAGGCGCGAAUCCCCCCGCGACGACGACGACGCCUCCUCCCCUUACAUCGCCCGCUUCUCCUUUGUCGCCAACAAGCGCUUCCAGGCGUCCAAGGGCCAGACGCUGCUCCUUUCCAUCCUCGACCCCGCCGCCACCGACGCCCGCGACGCCGCCCUCCUCUGCGCCGACAACACCGUCCUGCUCGAAGCCGACCUCCCACCCGACCCGCACCCCGACAUGCGCGCAGAGGAGGGCGACGACCGCGCCCACCGCGGGCUCGAGUGCAUCGAGGCGCUGCCCCCAAAGAUGCGCAAGAGCCUCAUGGGCAAGAGGCGAGCCGCCCCAUUUGCUGGGCUUUCAUGGCCGCACGCGCACGCCUUCCCCCACGCCGACCUCCGCCGCGGCCUCUCCCUCGUCGACCGCUCGCCCCUCCAGCUCCCAUCCCCCGUCUCCGCCGACUACGCCCAGGAGCAUGAGGAGGAGCCACCGCAUUUAGACGCCCUCGCCCAGCGCGACGGCGAUGAGUCGGACAACGUGAGUCUCGCUCCCACUGCCACUCCCAGGGCCGAGCCCCCGCCCCCACCUAAACAUGAGCGAUACGCUGACGUUGACGCUGUCCUGCAGUACUCGAGGUCCCGCAGCCUCUCGCCCAUGGAGCUCAGCACGCCGAGCGGCUCGUCCAGGAACUCCCCAGCGCCGGCGCCUUUGUCCCGUAGCACACCGCUCGAGCAGGCGCGCGCCGCCCCCGUCCCCGACCGCUCCCGCGAAGGAGGAGAAAGUGGAGACGAGCCGUUAGCGCGGGCGCUUGGUGCGCACGUGCCCAUGGACGUCGACGUGGACUGCGAGCGGCAGCGGGAGACGCCCUCAUCACAGGCGGCUGAUGGCGCCAGGGUAGAAGUACGAGGCGAGGGCGAGGCGCAGCAACCGCCGCCUUCCCCUUCCCCUCUCCCUUUGUCCUUGUCCUCCCACCCGUCGCCGUCGACGUUGCAAGUGCAACCAUCGGACGACGUGAACGUGAUCUGCGUUUCCGUCGCCCCUCCCGGCUGGGCUGAGAGGGUGCUGAUAAUUGUCUUUGUUACGACAGCGGGCGAUGCUACUGCUACUGCUACUACUGCUACUACCAGUCCUGCCAGCCUUACAUUCAAUGCAGAGGAACCUGCCAGCGAGCCUCGGAAGGAGGGGACUGCAGUACAAGCGGAGAAGCUACCCCAGCAGCACCAACACCAACACCAACAGAACCACCCGACUACAAGUACAGGUACAGGUACGGGCUCAAGUACGGGCACGGGCACAGGCGCGCAAAACGCGGUAGCCUCAAGCAGCAAGGUGUCAUUAUCAGCAUUGGCGACUCCCAUCAUCAACGACGAAGUACAUGAAGUAAAGAAAGCGGCUCCUGCCAGUACCAGUACCAGUGCGAAAGCCUCGCGCGUUGCGCCCGUGGCCGUCCCGAGCAUGCCGCGCGCCAUGUCCAUGUCCUUGGGCGUGGGCAUGGGGUUGACGCAGCGGGCACAGGAGAAGAUGCCGAUGCCUGCCCUGCCUUCCUCGUCCCUUCCUUCUCUAGCGUCAUCAUCAUCACUGCAUUCGUCGUCGUCACUACCAUCUCUUACACCCUCUUCCUCGCUCUCUUCCUCGCAUUCCAGUUCCACACCCGCCAACGCGCCGUUCAAACUCUCUUCUUCCUCCUCUUCUUCCUCCUUAUCAUCCUCAUCCUCUGGACUUUCGUUAUCGAUAUCAGCAAAUACCGCGCUCGCACUUGCCCAACCCCUCUCCCUUACCCAACCCUUACCCCCUUCCAUACCCACAUCCACAUCUACAUCCAUACGGUCCUCCUCGCCGCCCCCAGACCCAAAGGCCCUCGCACGAGCGUACAUCCCAGCCGGGUCCGCGUCCAACCCGCUUGGUAUCAGACCCUCCGCGUCAGGAAGAGCAAGGGUGAAGGCGCUCCCGACGGGGCCGAGGUCGUUGGCUGGUGCUGGUGCUGGCGUGGGUGGGAGUGGGGUGGCUGGUACCGCCGGCGCGGGUGGAGUGGGAGGAGCGAGUGAAUUAGGCAAGAGUGAAUUAGGCAAUGGGGCAAGCGGGGCUGGAGCAAGCACGAAGAAGCCGGUGGUGGUUGGCGCGAAGUGGUCUGCUGUUAGGAGUGUUAGUGCGGGCGCGGGUGCGGGUAACAGUAGCAACAACAAUAACGGCGGCGGGCAUGCGCAUGCGAGUACGAGUAUGAGCGCGUCGCCGGCGCCAGUGACAACAUCAACAUCAGCAUUAACAACGAGCACUUCUUCAUCCUCAACCACCCUCCCCUCACAACCCUCCCAACCCACAAUCCAAGACACGAUCCCGACCCCGCUCUCGCCCGUGCUGGCACAACCACCAACGAAGGCGGCGGACCUAUCGCAGAUGCUGAGGUACGCGAGCGCGUCGCCUGAGCCUGAGCCGGAGGUACCAGAGCGGAAGCAGGAGGUGGACGUAUCAGAGCGGAAGCAGGGGCAGGAGGGGCUAGAGUCCAUGGAGGUGGACGAGCCGAUGUCGAUGUCGCCCCCUUCGUCGCCCCCGCCACCCGUUAGGGAGGGGUUGGAGAGGCUGCGGACGCCCCCACCGCCUCCGCCAGGUGCGCGUUCGUUACCGGGUGAGAGUGAGAUGCAGUCGACGCAGACGCAGACGAACGUGCCGCAGACGCCUACGAAAGUCAACGGAGCUGCGAGUGGGAUGGCGAACGGGGUAGGAAAUGCAACAGCAACAGCAACCCCACCCCCUCCUCCGCCUCCGGUCGAGACGCCCCCGCCCCGACCUCCGAGCAAGACCGCGCUGGUGAAUAAGUGGAAGAGGAUCGACGGGGGGGUCGGGGUUGGUGUUGGCGUCGGUGGGGUCAACGUUGGAGCGGGUAGUGGGAAGGCAAGCGGUGAAUCUGGGAGUGGAACUGGGAAGGGCGAUGGCAAGACAGGUGCAACCAAGGAGACGUCUACGGUUCAGCCGGCUGACAAGGGUCCUUUGCCCGCCAACGCCAACGUUAACACUUCGACGACAACAUCCGGCAAGACGCCCAACAACAAGACAGCUGCAGCUGCGCCCAAGGCGACGCAAACGCACUCCCCUGGGGCGACGACCAUCGCGUCGAUGGCCUCGCUCGCGGCGGGCGUUACGUCCGCGUCGCUCGCUGCGUCUUUGAAGCGGCCCUUUGAGCCCUUGGCGUCGGUAGGUGGUAGUAAGAUGAGUGGUGGUGGUGGUAAUAAGAGUGGAGCGGCGGGCCAGGAGCCGCCGAACAAGAAAGCGAAAGCGAACGGAGGGGCGGGUGCGCCUGGGUUGGCGACGAGCGUGAGCGGGUCGAGUGUGGGUAGUUUGGGGAGUGCGGGGAGUGCGGGGUCGAGGUUACCCCAACCGCUCACCCACCCCCUGCCCGCCAAACCGCUGGCGAGGGUCAUGGCCCCCGCCGCCUUCUCCGUAUCUUUGCCCUUGCUCAAGGGGUCCUCCUAUCGCCCUCCGCCGCUGAAACGCGAACGGAGUAGGAGCAGGAGCAGGAGUAGGAGUCUCAGCAGCUUGAGUAGCAGCUUGAGCCGGAGUCGGAGCCGGACGAGGAGCCUGAGUCGGAGUAGUCGCAGCAGUAGGAGUCGGACGAGGAGUCGGACGAGAAGUCGCGAGAGGGAGAGGGAGACGGCGAGAGGAAGGGGGCGCGGAAGGGAGAGGGAGAGGGGACGGGCGGCGAAGACGACUCGUGAACGCGAACGAGAGAGGGAGCGGGAACGAGAGAGGGAGAGAGACGCAAAGAAGCGGGAUACCAAGAGAGAGAGGGACGCGAGGGAGAGCACGAACUGGCCCGCUACUGAGCCGGACGCGCGCGAGCAGCUCGAGGGCGCACGCGGUGCGGACGUGGGCGUGCAGCGGAUCGUGUUCAGUCCGAGUGGGGAGAUGGUCGCGUUGGUUUGCGCAGACCGCACUCUCCGGAUCUGGUCUAACCCGCCCAACACCAACACCACCGACGCGCACGCUACGCCGGCGCCAGCGGAGGUCGCGCGGCUCGCGCACAACGUGGGCCUCGUCGGCGCGUGCUGGCUCGAGAACGACGCGGGCGUGAUGACGCUUGGCGCGGAUGGGGUGGUGGCGACGUCGGUAAGGAGUGGGAAUGAAUGGAAGUACGCCAAAGUGCUCGUCGUACCAGGCGCAGCGUCCUCUGAAGGGCCGCUCUGCCUUGCGUACGCCCCCGGAACUGGGACUAGCGUUGGACAGAAAUCCUCCGGUUCAGCUUCAGGCUCAGCCCUCCAGCCCCGCAUAGCGGUGUCCACCCUCGCCGGUGUGCACCUCUGGCUCCUGAUCUCGGGCAAGUGGGCUGCUCAGCGGGAGAUCGUGCGGGCCGGGGUUACAGCUAUAAGGUUUGUCCAAGAGGGCGCGGGGCUCGUGGGCGGGUGCAAGGACGGGGUGCUGUGGUACUGCGAAGUCCCGAAUGGGACGCUGAGGGUGCAUACGUUCUUGCCUUUGAAGAGGGCGAUCACCUCGAUUGACGUCCACCCGAACAAGACGCAGCUGCUCAUCGGGCAGGAAGGGGGCGUCGCCUCGCUCGUCCUGUUCAAGCCCUCCUCUGCCUCUACCACCUCUACCGCCACCGCCUCCUCCUCCGUGGCCACAAAUGGUGACAGCAAGUCGGCGGUGGAGCGCCAGUACACGUCGGAGAAGGUGCAGGUGAUGGCGCGGGACGGGCGCGGGCAGCAGUUCCCUGCGAUGUUCGCGACGGACGGCGCUGGGGUGGUGUUUGGGACGAUUAAUGGGUGCGCGCUGGUGUGGGAUCGGAGGAAGGGGUGUAUCGUGUAUGGGCUGAAGCAUCCGGAUGGUGAUGUGGUGCAAGCGAUCGCGUCGUUCGACGGGCGUGCUGGUGUGAAUGGGCUCAUGCUGAGCGGGACGAAGCAGGGCCGGUUGUUCUGGUGGCCGCGACCCAAGGCUGCGCCGUCGGGGCAGAACAGGAGUGAGAGUAGCAGUGCUGGCCCGGAGGAUGGUGUGCACCGGAAGAGACAGAAGCUGCAAUAA